AUGCCCCAUGAUGCCGGCUACCCCAUCGGUCGGGGCAUCAUUGUCACCAAGAGCAUCGACGAGUGCCGCUCGGUCAACCUCGCGAACACCUUCCGCGAGCCGGAGACCAAUGUCCUGGCUUACGGUGUCUUCGGCCACACCACCCUGACCAACCCCGCCGAGUACACCCCCCUCGACAAGACCAAGUACCCUGUCAGCAAGGCCGUCGCCACUUUCGUCACCUCCAUCACCCACGGCCCCCGCGACUACGCGGUCUCCGGUUUUGCCACCUUCGUCGAGGCCAAGAACAACAGCGUCGAUGUGGACGUCCGCCUUGCCGGCCUGGAGCCGGAGGCCUGGUACUCGCUGCACAUUCACCGCUGGUCGUACUACCUGAAUGACCUGGAUUACGCGUAUGGCCACUACAACCCGACUGGCGCCGCGCACGGCUGCCUUGACAGCGCCGAGCGCCACGCCGGCGACUUCGGCGCCUUCCAGGCUGACGCCCAGGGCCGCAUCCACACCCAGUUCAAUGCCCCCGGUAUCUCCGUCCACAGCGCUCCCAGCAGCUCCUUCCUCCUGGGCCGCAGCCUGAUCCUCCACUAUGGCAAGGAUGACUGUGUCACCAACCCGGCCGGCAACAGCGGCCCUCGCGUGGGCGGUGCCCCGAUCGGUGUCAUGAACCCGGACCCGCGUCUGAACGCCGGGUCCUCUCUCAGUGCCCCGACUGCCCUGAUCGGCUCCGUGGCCGUCCUGCUGGGCCUUCUCCUCUCGGCCUUCUAA